AUGUCAAAGAAACGUCGUCACGACUCGUUCGGAGAUGAAGUGGACGCCGAACCGAUUCCUUCCGAUCCUGAAGAGCGUCGUGGUGAAGCGGUUAUGAAGCACCAUGCAUCCAAACGCGAUGGCUCUUCGAAAAAAGCAGAUUCCAAAGCAGACAUCCGUAAAAAAACAGCAGCCAAGAAAGCAAAGGAUCGUAGCUCUUCGGCUAGCAGCUCGUCCAGCUCGUCUGGCUCCGAUUCGAGCAGCUCUGAUUCUGAUGCAGAGAAAUCUCGCCAUCCACGUUCAGAUGCGAAAAAAUUGAAGGAGUCAUCUCCGGUGAGCAAGAGAACUUCGUCAAAAGAUCAGAAAACUGCUCCAAAGCCAAAGAAGGAGGAGUCCUCCAAAUCUAGCGAAAAGAAGAAAGAGUCCUCUCCUGUGCGGCAGCGCAAGAGUCAAUCGCGAUCAAGGAGCCCUCCUGGUAAACGUGAGCGAGAGAAGAAGGAAAAAGGAGAGCAGUCAAAAAACACGCGCGAGCGCCGUUCUCCCUCUCCUGCAGAAAGCCGGUCACCCUCUCAAGAGCGGAAACCCUCAAGAAAGAAGACAGAGCCGGAGUCUCAGUCAAAGAAUACGGUCAAUCGAUCCCCGCCCAGGGAAGCUGCAAAACAGAAGGAAACGAGCCGUAACAGAGACUCUUCAAACGGCUCUGCUCAAGAGGAAUCAAAAUCGUCUGACGAUAGAAAAGAGAGAAAGAAGAAACAUUCUAAACGCAAAAGAUCCAAAUCUGAAUCAAAAAAGAAACGAGAUCGUUCUACAUCAGCGUCAUCUUCAGAGAACGAGGAUGAAGUCGAGAAACCUCGCCGUAAAAAGAAGUCAAAGAAAUCUAAGAAGAAGAAAAAGAAGAGCUCAAAGCGCUCAGAAAAGCACAAGAAGAAGCAUAGAGAGUCGGAGAAUAGUGAGUCUGAUCAUGCUUCUCCUGUUAGACGUGUGGAAGAAGAAGUGAAAGAGAAGAAACGAAGAAAAGAAUCAGAAUCGAUGGAAGAGGAAGAGGAUGAACGAGCAAAAUCGCCUCCAGAGAAGGAUAACACUGAAGUGAAUCGAAAGGUGCGCGAAAAAGCACUGGAUGAGCAGGAACGGUCCAGAAGAGGGCGUCGUGAUCCUUCAUCUGACAGAAAGGUCAGCCGUGACUCUGCCAAAGAGAAACCGAAGGAUAGUUCUGAAGAGGACUCAUCCUCGGACGAGAAAGAAGAUGAAAGGAAAGGAAGGAAGGAGGAAUCAUCUCCCGAAAGAAAUAGUCGCAGAAGCCCGAGAUCUGACGAGAGGGGAGAUGAGCGAAAAGGAAGGAGGGAAGAAUCACCUGAAAGAAGUAGUCGCAGAAGCCCUAGAUCCGGUGACAGGCGUAGGAGUGGAGAAGAAAGAUCAUAUGAGAGAUCACGUAGAGACCGCAGCAGGUCACCUCAGAGACGUGAGCGAAGUCGAAGUCCCACUGAACGUAGACCUCUGCGACCACCUAAUUAUCGCUUCCGUCGCGAUACUUACCUAGAUAAUCGUUGGCGUCAAGAAGAAUUUAGACGUUGGGACGAUCGACGCCGUAGGGACGAUUCGCGAGAACGCAAGCGUCGUAGCGAUUCACGCGAUCGCAGGCGACGUGAUGAUUCUCGCGAGCGCAGACGGCGUGACGACUCCCGCGAACGCAGGAGACGCGAAGAUUCCCGUGAACGCAGGCGACGUGACGACUCUCGCGAUCGUCGACGCAAGCGUAGCGAUUCCAGAGGAAGAGCAGAACCAGAUAGUCCUAAAAUGUGGCCGAAGAAGGUGAAGAAAGAAGUUAGCUCGUCCGACAGUUCUGACGCCGAGGGAACGUAA